UAUAUGCUCCAAUUUGUUCCUAAUUCGAGGUCGGUCCGUCCCGGGGAAGUUUCUGCCUUAGUUGAUUUUAUUAGAUACUCAAAGGCAUUGGCUGUAAUUACUGGGGCUGGUAUAUCCACGGAAAGUGGUCUUCCUGAUUAUAGAUCUGAGAAUGUUGGUCUCUACGCGAGGCUAAAACAUAAGCCGAUCCAGUUCCAAGAUUUUCUGAACAACGAAAACAUCAGAAAACGCUUUUGGGCUCGUAGCUAUGCAGGAUGGCCUAAAUUUUCCACAGCAAAGCCUAACAUUUCACACAAUUUGCUUAGUGAAUGGAUGAAACGUGGCAGGAUCCUUCAUAUAAUCACGCAAAAUGUUGACAGAUUGCAUUUCAGGUCUGGAGCUUCUCGAGUUUUAGAAUUACAUGGAACUCUUUUUCUCGUAAUUUGCCUAUCCUGUGGGAAAACUAUAGAGCGUUCGGAGAUACAACUAGCCCUUAAGGAUCUUAAUCAAGAUGCUGUUGAUUAUAUAGCAGGAAAUGUACAUGAAUCUCCCGAUGGUGAUGUUGCUAUCCCAGAUGAUCUGGUCCUUGGCUUCAAUGUUCCAUCAUGCCCUGCAUGCAAAAGUGGCAUAUUAAAGCCCGAUGUCGUGUUCUUUGGAGAGAAUGUUCCUAGCGUAAGAAGCGACGAGGCAUCUCAAAUCGUCGCAAAUGCUGAUUCUAUUCUUUGUCUGGGCACGUCUCUCCAGGUAUGUGUACAUAUUUGCUCUUCCAUACUAUCCAUUACUUAUUAUUCGUAG